UGGGGCUCAAGGCUGAGAGGGUGGGAAGGGUAAGUAAGGAGGGCACGAAGGAGGAAAGGGCCACGGGGGAAAAAAGACAGGCACAGAGCAGUUGCAGGAACCUUCCCUCUACACCAUCAAGGCUGUUUUCAUCCUAGAUAAUGAUGGACACCGACUGCUGGCCAAGUAUUAUGAUGACACAUUCCCCUCCAUGAAGGAGCAGAUGGCCUUUGAGAAAAAUGUCUUCAAUAAGACCAGCCGGACUGACAGUGAGAUUGCGUUUUUCGGGGGCAUGACUAUCGUCUACAAGAGCAGCAUUGACCUCUUCCUGUAUGUUGUGGGCUCAUCCCACGAGAAUGAGCUGAUGCUCAUGUCUGUUCUCACCUGCCUGUUUGAGUCCCUGAACCACGUGUUAAGGAAGAACGUGGAGAAGCGCUGGUUGCUGGAGAACAUGGAUGGAGCCUUCUUGGUGCUGGACGAGAUUGUGGAUGGCGGUGUGAUUCUGGAGAGCGACCCCCAGCAAGUGAUCCAGAAAGUGAAUUUCAGGGCAGAUGACAGCGGCUUGACUGAACAGAGUGUGGCCCAGGUCUCUCUGCCCAGACUAAUCCUGCUUUUAUGGAGCUUCCUGUCCUGGCACUAACUACCUCCUGCUGUGGUGGCCCAGGCUGAGAUGGGCGUGUAACAUUUCUGUGGAGCCCCAGGUUCUUCAGUCUGCCAAGGAACAAAUUAAAUGGUCGUUACUGAAAUGAAGGCUGUGUAUUCGAGGCUUCCUCUCCCCAGAUCAUUUCCCCAAUCCCAGAACCAACUCCUGAGGUCUCUGGCCAGGGACUCAGACGCAAAGGUUAGGCUUCAGCAUUGAGUCACCCCUUCUCACUGCCUUGGCCACCUCCUGGGCUGUGAGAACCAGCUGAGCUGCCUUAAUUCAGACCUUAGGCAUCCCUAGCCCCAGAGUCCUAAUAAACUUGCUUUUGUCUACUA